AUAGAUGCCGAUAUCCUCAACUUCGCGUUAACUUUGGAACAUUUAGAUUCUGCUUUUUACUCACAAGGUUUGAAAAAGUAUGAUCAAGAUGCAUUCAUUAACGCUGGAUUUAGUAUGUCAACGCGUCAAUCCAUUCAAACCAUUUCGAAUGAUGAGGCUGCACAUGUUAGCUUUUUGACUUCAGCUUUACAAGCUGCUGGUGCCACCCCUGUACAGGCUUGCAAUUAUACUUUCCCCUACACCGAUGUCAAAUCCUUUUUGGCAGUCUCUCAGAUCUUGGAGGGAGUCGGGGUUUCGGCAUUUUUGGGCGCUGCCGCAUCGAUCAAGAACCCGAAUUAUUUGACGGCUGCCGGUUCGAUCUUAACCGAUGAAGCUCGUCAUAACGCUUAUGUUCGUUUUGUAAAUGGAGAAUCACCUUUUCCCACUGCAUUUGAUACACCUUUAAGUCCAAAAGAAAUCGUUACAUUAGCCACUCCAUUCUUUUUGAAUUGUCCAACCGGUUCAUCACCUGCUUUUCAAGGUUUUCCAAGUCUUAAUAUAACUGGAAAUCUUAAACCUGGUUCAAAAAUUACAAUUUCGACUACUAAUUCUACUGGAGCUACUCAAUGUGCUUUCUUGAGUGGUUUAAAUUCAACUUUUAGUUCUUAUUCUAAUGGUCAAUGUCAAAUUCCAAGUGAUGGUAAAAUUGGAGGUGGUCAAGUUUACGUGUUUUUGACCAAUGCACAAAAUGUCACUGAUGCUACUACUGUGGCUGGGCCUGGGAUCAUGGAGAUGGAUACCCCAGGUGCUCGACAACCUAUUGGUGGAAUGAACAAGGUGAAAAACUUUUCUCGUGAUAUGAAUGAGAUAUAA